AUGCAUGCCGGGAGUUGUAGUCCACACCUUAUUGCAGUCCACUGUGAAAGCUGUCCCACAACAUCGAUAAAGAAACCCUGCCAAACAUCUUCCAGUAAAAUGGGGAAACCAACUGGUGGGAGAUCAUCAAAAAAUCCUUUUAAAUCACAAAAUCAACAAAGGACUUCCAGCAAAAAAAAGGGAGCAGAUGAACAAGGAAGAAAACAAGGUCAAAAAAGACAGAAGGUCCCUCAGACAGUCAGAAGGGAAGCUGAGGAACUGGAGGAGUAUUCCCUGCAGGUAGGGUCCUGAAAUGGUUCUUCAAAAACAGUGAAGCUGUCCAGUGCUGCAAUAGGAUCUUGGCAGCCUCUCUCAGAGAACAGUAGGCUGUUCCUGGAAAAUACACUGGAUUCAGUAGUACUAUCUGUUUUGUUCCAACAGAGGGAGAGAAAAGAUGAUGUUCAGAAGCACCUCAAUGUACUGAAAAAAAGGGUGCUGAGAAGUUUCAUGACUUUAAAGGUGCCUCCAGAGCUGGGCAACCUGAAGAAUAUCCAGAACCUUCAAGUGGCAGAGAAACAAAUGCUUGAGACAAAUGAGCAGUGUUUGCUACAACUGCAGGAUGAAAUAACUGAAGUGGAGAGAUUAGCAGAGCACAUUAAGGAAAAUACACUCCAGCUGCAGCACAAAAUCCAGGUGCUCAAGAACCAGGUAGAGGAAGAUGAAAAAGAGGCCAGGAAGGUAUUCCAGGAAAAGCAGUGGAGCACUCCACCUCCCAGACUCCCCAAGUGCAGUUUGCAGGCACCCACUUUGCAGGAGGAAAUUUUGAAGGUAAAGAAUCAGGGGGGCCUUUUAAAGGAUUUGAACGCUAUUCAGCGGUCAGCUGACUUGAAGAACUUGUUAACCCUUGUUGAGAAGACCUAUGAGAAGGUGGAUUUGCUUUGAGUAGCCAAAAUGUGUGGAGUCUCCAUGCUGAGUUUGGAAUCUGCUUUCUUUCUAAUGGGCUCCAGUUGUGACUGCUGAAACAUUUUCUAUUUACAUUGGUAUAUAAAUCUGUAGAUAUAUUUUGGACUGAUUUAAGUCAUUUGUAGGUUUUUUUGGGGUUUUUUUGAACUGUGAUGAUGUCUAAUGAUGAUAUACCCUGUCUUAGGAGAAGGGAGGGAAAUGGAUGCUGGUGUUUUUGCAGAAUAAGGGAACUGCUCCAUUAUGUUUGCACUUCUAUAUUUGUAAAUCACUGAAGGCAGUGUCUUUUACCAAAGUAGAUUUAUCAGGGGUUUAAUCUUUAAACCUGAAACAGGUAGUAAAAAUAAAUUUAUCUAAUACUCAGUUGUAAAUCCCUGUUCAACUUUUUUCUAUUUUUUAAUGC